CAGCGAGUGCAGUAGCAGAAUACAUCGUCAGUGACCAGCCAUUGCUGUUGUGAUUGUGACUGCGAAACUUGGAAGACGCUAGGACUCGCUGAGCACUUUGCCGUUUGCACGUAGUUUUCUUUUACAAAUCGACCAGGAUGCGGGACUCCGACUGCUUGACGAAUAAACUGUCUCCAGGUGUAGCAGCGUUCCUUUCCAAGCUAUGGUUCCUGGUCAACGAUCAGUCAACCAACGAGCUUAUUUAUUGGGCAUCCGACGGAAAAAGUUUCUUCGUUAAAAAUAGUGAAAAGUUUACAAUAGAUACGUUACCGCAUUAUUUCAAACAUAGUAAUAUGGCGAGUUUCGUACGACAGUUGAACAUGUAUGGCUUCCACAAGAAGUUAACUUUCGCAAAUGGGCAAAAAUAUGAAUCCGAGAUAUUAGAGUUUGAGCAUGAGUUCUUUGUCAAAGAUCAUCCUGAAUUAGUGGGGAAAAUUAAGAGAAAAAUGCCAUCAAUGUAUCAGUUCAGUAGAUCAUGGUUGCAGUACAGACCUUCUGAUCAGAGAGUCUCUAAGUUGCAGUUGGCCCCAGCUAAAGAUGGUAUUAAACCAGAUAUAUUAGACAAGAUGUUACAAGACGUAAAAAAAAUGAGGGAUCGUCAAGAAAAUAUGGAUAAUACAUUAAAUGAAGUAAAGCGCGAAAAUUCAACAUUGUGGAGAGAAUUGGCAAUAUUGAGACACAAACAUAUAAAACAGCAACAGAUUAUUAACAAAUUAUUUACAUUUCUUGUCUCUCUUGUACAAUCAUCUAGAAGUGGUCUAUCUGUUAAAAGGAGAUAUCCACUAAUGAUAGAUGACUCGAUUCCAAAUAAACGAAGCAAAUCGUCCGAGCCCCAAGAAUGUACUAUGGGACCAGUAAUUCAUGAACUUGAGACAUCAGAUUCCGAUCUCUAUUCAGAUAAUAUUGUUGCUGAGAUGCUAGAAAAUGAAAAUCCAACUGUUCAAAGUCCACCUGUUCAAAGUCCUCGGGAACAUAAUGAAAGAUUGGUAGAUGAACAAAAUAUGGCAACUUCUGUUCAAUUAAAUAAAGAGUCCCCCCUUCACAAUCCUGAGAUUGGAACAACGACGAAACGUGUUAACAAAGACAAAAAGAGGAAAAACAUGGUGCCUGUCAGAAUAUUGAUUCCAUCAUUGGAAAACGGAAAAAAGUCAAGAGAGGAAUUGCAUAUGUUUGAAGUAUCUAUCGACGAAGACAAACCUGCUCCUGUACUGAACACUGAAUCCAUCAAUUCUAAACCAAUACCUAUGGCGGCUGCACGUAGCUCUAAACUCAAAGCAAUGGCAGCAAACAUUAGUUCUCAGGAUGUUAACAAAGAUAUUGAUACGGAUACUCCAUUUGAAUAUGACGAUUCAUACAAUGACGUUUCAUACAAUGAUACACCGAUAGAAAAGCUACGAGAAAUCUUAAUUAUCCCGGAUAUGUUCGAUAUAAAUAUUCACAAUCAUUUCAAUAAUGAAGAAGACGGUAACAGCAAUCACAUGAAUGAGAGACUUAAUCAAACAGAUGGUGAAAGAAGCGUUUUAGGGAGCAAUAAACAACUCAAUCAAAAUACAAGGGCAAAAGCGUCAGAAAAAGAGAUCGAUUAUAAUAACACACGCCCGAGUUCAUCAAACGAUUUAUUGGUGAGCCGUGUCAAUUCCUCUGGGACAACUAAUCCUAAUUACAGGUUAGAGAAUAGGCCAAUUACGCCAAUUACGCAGGGGGUAGAAGAGAAGGAAGAAAUAGAUCAUCAUUUGGAAACGGUGCAGAAUAGUUUGGAUACUUUGCGUGAAAAAUUAUAUAAUGAAAAUUGCAGCCUUGAUGCUAACACUUUAUUUGAGUUGUUCACUUCAGAAGAUCCGAUGACGUUUGCAUUACCAAUGAAUCCCGAAUUGAAUCCACAUAAUAUGAAAGACGAGGAAAGUGAUACAACUGCAGAUUUUUCCACUGAAGCUACUGGCGGUGAACUUAUGGCAUAUAAUUCUUCAACCAAUCUACUAGAUUUUGACGACUUGGGAAAUAUAUUGUCGGAAAAUGCAUCAUCAUUACCAGAUCCAGAUGUACAGAUGAGCAGCUUAUACGCUCCAGAUUCCUUCUAUAAUAUAGAGGAUACGAAAGCUUCUUAAUGAUUUAGCACAAAAUAGUAGAAAUGCAUAAUCAUAUAUUAAUUACGUUUUAUGCCGCAAACCAUUUUGGACAAACCAUAGUUUAAAAAAAUUGAAAAAGCUGAAAAAAAGAAAAAUUUAUGAUAAUAUGAAAAAGAAGAUAUAAAGUGCACUGUUACAACCUCUCCAGCAUUUACUACUAUCAGGCUCAAAGUAAGAACAUUAUCUCAAUGCGACCACACAAUUGAAGUUAUGUAGAUUGCGAAAUGAAAUACAUAAUAAACAGAUAAAAAUAUACUGGAACAAUCUUAAUAUUACUAUAGAAUUAGAUAAUAAAAUGCUAAGUUAUCUAAAAUUUUGCACAUUAACAAAUAUGACAUUUUGAAAUCUUCUGUUCUUACUUUGUAUAUAAUAUUCUGAUAGAAAAGUUUUUGUUCUCAUUUCGUAUGUAUUUCGUAUAUGAAUCAUUUGUAAAGAAUUUCCUUUUUUGAAAAAGAUGUAAACUUUGUAAAAACGAAUGAAUGUAACAACGCAUAUCUUUCUGUAUCCUAUACAGAGAACAUGAUUCCGUUAGAUUGAUUAACAUGUGUGUAAAAGGCAAGUUGUCUUUAUUUAUAAAAACAUAAACAGUGAUAGUGCAAGGUUAAGGUUUCAGUGUUUUAUGCAAUAAAAAUUAUUGCAAUAGAGUUGCAAUAAAAACAAUUACGCUUUAAUUCUCCGAAAAAUGCAAGUUAUUUCAAAAUGUUUAUAUUGAAAUUCACAUUCAAAAAUAUCAAUUCUUACAUAUUCUUCGGUUAAAAUUUUGAUGUGUUUUAGAUGCAAUACGAAAACUUCAAAUAUUUUUAUUUUGUUUACAGUUUAUUCUAAUAUAUGUAUAAUAUGAAAAAUAUAAUAUAAUAUAUAGUAGUAAUAAGUAUAUGAGAUAUAUUUAUAUAUAAUUAUAUUCCAUACAUUAUAAAUUCCAGGAGAAUGACUUUAGGACAUUUUUGAGACGUAAAGUUCCCUAAAAACCUCUUUUGGAGAUUUAUACUGUAUAUGUACGGAAUAUAUAUUAUAUAUGUAUAUAACAUAAUAAUAUACUGCUGGCAGCUAAUAUAAGAACAUUACUUAUAAGAACAAAGAUUAUUCUGGUCAUUGUUUCGACACCAAAUUAAGGAAUAGUUAUAUAAUUGAUUUAAACACUGAAAUCUUAUUCUUGGACCUUUACUAAUAAGUUAAUCUUGUAAUGUUACGUUUCUUUGUACAAAAAUGUAUCCAUCUAUCUAAUAAGAAUAUUAUAUCAACUUGCUUAGUCCCUCAAACGCUGUAUAGGAUAAAUUAAUCGAUUGAUUGCGUAUAUUCGUAAUGUAUGAUCAUUACUAACAUUUACAUUUAUCAGUGCAUUUGCAAUAAAUGACUCAAACUAUAUAA